UAUUCGAACAGGAAAAUAUGGUUUAAUUUUAUCUAACAUUAUAUAUCAUUAUAUGUUGUCCUUGUCCACUUUGAUAAGAAACACUAACAAUUAAAAUGGCGGAUAAAAAGAAAAACUGGCCAGGUUUUACUGGAGAGGCAUAUCCAGAGGUGUGCGAUAUUCGGUCCAUGCCACCUCAACCAGAUGUGUUAAAGCCUGGACAGUUACCAGUUGAACAGAUAAAGCAGUAUUUUGAAGAGGGUUACGUGGUCAUAGAAAAGUUUUUCGAUAUAGAAGCUGACUUAGAACCUUGUAGAAGAGCAAUCGAAGAUCUAGUUGAAGAACUUGCACAAAAACUAUACAAAGCUGGAAAAAUAAAAAAUUUAUACAGAGAUUAUGGCCUGGAUAAACGUCUGAUAAAAAUUGAUGAAGAAUGGCCUGGCGCUGUUAUCCUUUUACACAAAAUUGGUCAUCUCCCACAGGCUUUUCGAAACCUCUGGGGAAACGAAAAACUACUGAAUUUGAUAGAGCAAGUCUUGGGUCCAGAUAUUGCGGGGAUGCCAAACUGGAAUUUCCGUGAUAAAACACCGCAUAAUGAAGCAACGACAGUCCCGUGGCAUCAAGACGCUGGCUAUUUGAGCACAGAUGUGUAUAAGGUUCUACUUGCUACAGUCUGGAUACCAUUCCUUGAUACAAAUAGGAAAAAUGGAUGUAUGGAGGUCAUACCUAAAGGUCAUUCUUCUGGUAUGGUUGCUAACCAUACUUGUUGUACAGGAGAUACAUGGUAUAUACAGUUAGACGAGGAAGAUAUGAAUAAAACUUUAGGUUGUAGUACUAAAGACAGACAACUUUGUCCAAUACCCUAUGGUGGACUUCUGUUAUUUAACAACUUUAUUCCUCAUAGAAGUCUGGAUAAUGCAUCAGAAGGAGUGCGUUGGAGUAUUGACCUCAGAUUCAAGAAACCAGGUUUACCUAAUGGUAUGUUCGGGUUAAAACCAGACGUCCUCCUGAGAACAAAAGAAAAUCCUAACCUCAAGAUUGACUGGGAUACGUUUGAUUCUAUUGAUAGAACGAAAGCACAAAUUGCGUCAGUCAGAGAUAUUGUUGAGAUAGCGGAAGAUCAGGAGUUUGACACAAGUGUUCAAGGACCAUGGAUGAGAAAGUGGGAACUAGUCAACCACAACAACCACGUCAAAAAGCACGUGGAAAUGGAAGCGGCAAAGAAUAAGGAUAAAAAUUUAGGCUAAAUGAUAAAAGAUGUUACAAAAAAAAAAAUUGACUUAUAAAUUCAAAUGCGACAAUUAACUUUGACCUUUUUGUAGAAAAACUGUGAUUAGACAAUUAACGAUUUGAUAAUUGGUGUAAUUAUGUGAGAUUUUGUGAAAACUUCAGUUUUCUUGAGAUCGUCGUUGAAUAGCAUUCGAAAUGUUAGUUUUUCCGUUGCUUUAAGUUUGAUAUUGCCUGAGGCAAAAUUAAAAAAAAAUACUUGUGUUUAGGGAUUCCCUACCUACCCUUUAUUUAUGCCAAAAAUUGUUAAUCCUUGAGUUUUUAUUGAAAUUUUUAGUUGUAAAUCAUGACAAAAUUGCCAUAUUCAAAGGAAAAAAACUGAGCAAAAUAAAAAUAUCAUACCAACCUAGCCUAUUAACACACAUCUAUUUUUGUUUGGCCUGACAACAGUUCAGAUAUGUUUUUGCUUUCAAAAUAUGUUGUACAAAUGUGUAUAUUAAUUGACAGAAUUAUACAUAUAAUAUAUUAUAUUUAAAUAUGGGGUAAUAUUUUCAUUUCAACAUUGGGAACACAUUGCAUUUUAUUAAUAUCAUCAUAUAUAUAUUUUAAAGAUUUUCUGGAAAACGUAGGUUUUGGAUUUAUCAAUUGGAGAAGUUCUAGGAGAACUGUAAUUGAUUUGGUUAUCAUUGUAUUCUGAAAAUUAUUUCAGUGUUUUUCUAGUCUCAGUGAAAAAAAAUUUGUACACUUAAGCACGUGCAAUGAUAUUCUUUUGUGUUUAUAUGUUUGUUACUGGGUUGUUUAACAAGUAGCUUUAUUUCUACAUUUCCUGUAUUUUGAUAAUAAAAUGGUACACUUAAA